UAUCCCUAUCCCCGUCCCCAUCCCCGUCCCUCCCCAUCCCCUCUCCCAGCCCGGUCCCCGCCGGGGCGUGAGGCUCAGCGGGCGGCGGGGCGCCGUCCGCCCCCCCGGCACCACCAUCGCUCCCAAGGGCGACGAGGACCUUCUGGCGCUGGCUGCCUCCCGGCUGAGCCGCAGGAAGCGGGUGGCCGGGGCGGCCGUCGGCGUGGCCAUGGUGCUGGUGCUGCUGGUGGCCAUCCCGCUGCUGGUGCACAGCUCCAAGGCGGCCGCGCACUACGAGAUGCUGGGCAGCUGCCGCAUGGUCUGCGACCCCUACCCCGGCCCUGAGCUGCCCCCCGCCUCCCCGCCACCCUUCCUGCCGGGGGCCAAGGGUGAGCCGGGGCGCAAGGGCCGUGCCGGAGUACGGGGUCCCCCCGGGCCACCGGGGCCAAGGGGACCGCCGGGGGAACCGGGCCGGCCAGGGCCACCAGGACCGCCGGGUCCGGGUCCCGGGGGGUACAUCCCCUCCUUCUACAGCCCCAAGAUUGCCUUCUACGCCGGGCUGCGGAAGCCCCACGAGGGCUACGAGGUGCUGCGCUUCGACGACGUGGUGACCAACGUGGGCAACUACUACGAGCCGUCGAGCGGGAAGUUCACCUGCCCCCUGCCCGGCAUCUACUUCUUCACCUACCACGUCCUCAUGCGCGGCGGCGAUGGCACCAGCAUGUGGGCCGACCUCAUGAAGAACGGGCAGGUGCGGGCCAGCGCCAUCGCGCAGGACGCGGACCAGAACUACGACUACGCCAGCAACAGCGUCAUCCUGCACCUGGACGUGGGCGACGAGGUCUGCGUCAAGCUGGACGGCGGCAAGGUGCACGGCGGCAACACCAACAAGUACAGCACCUUCUCGGGCUUCAUCAUCUACCCCGACUGAGCCCCCCCCCCCCGGGGAUGGGGUGCCGGGGGGGGUUGGGGGGCACCUCCUGCUGCACGGCCCCCACCGGCCUGUCCGCCCCCCGAAACGUCCCCAGGGUGAUGGGACACCCACGAGGAUCCCCCCCAUGCGCACACACACACG